CGUCUACGCGCGUGGAUAUAUAGCGUUCGCUCGUGGCUACGUCGCGGCUAUUAUUAGUCCUCGGUCAUCGGAGAGAAGCCUCUGCGUGCGCGAGCGAAGACGCGACGACGACAACGACGGCGACGACGCACGCAUGCACGUUCGACGCGGAAAAAUCGUCGCGUCUCUCGAUCGCGAAAGUACGCCAGUACGCCUCUUCUGUCGCGCCCACAAAUUCGCUCGUGUGCACGUGCGUGCGGAACGCACGCGUCGUAUCGCGCCGCGCCGCGCCGCGCCACGAGGUUCCGGUGAGUCUGGUGGCCCGUGCGCAAGAAGAAGGCCCUCGAUAGCAUCCGCUCGUUGGACCUUGGGAAGGAUGAUUCUCGCACGCUCUUCACUAUGAGGGAUGCGGUUCCGCAGAAAGGAAGCAGUAACGUAGCCACCCCCAAGCCCAAACCGUCCUUAGAGAUAUACCGACCCCCAGGUGGGAGAACGGAAGGAACCACGGCGAACGUCACUAAUCUUCGACUAAACGUGCACGCCAAGGAAUUCACGAUGAAGCAGAACGAUUCGCAUCCUUCUAAGUCUCGGACUAAUGCAACGGAGCGCUCUGCGUAUUAUCUGCAACACAGCAAAUCGAGCGGUAAUAUUCACCGGUAUCUCUACGCUCAGCAGCAACAGCUGCAACAUCCUCUGCAGCAGCACCAGCUACCGUCCCGUCAUUCUCAGAGUGGCCAUCAUUCGGUGGCGAAUUCCACGUUGCGUCAAUCCCAUUUUUUGGACACGUCCGCGUCUAGCGGGAACAUCUUGCACGCCGCGAAUCGAGUACACUUCAACGUAGACCAAAAUGAAGUCAAGACUAAUUCCGUGAAACCGGGCAAGCUUACCAAAUCGCAUACCUUUGUGUCGACUUAUGGCCUGAAGCGCUCCAAGAGCCUGAACUCGACGGACGUGUUAACCGCCAAAGCACUUAAUAUCGCGGACGCCUCCGAACUCGGAAAAUUUCCCUCGCCCGUACAAGAUAUACUUCUGCGAGCGAUAGAAGAUCCGAAUCUUUUAAAUGCAAGGACAUUGAUGGAACUAGUCCGGCACAUUCACAUUCUGGACAGGAUAGUGGAACACCGCAAGUAUGCCGAACCGGCAGCUAAAAUUUGCAUCACGAUUAUAGAGAAAGAAACAAAGGAAACUUUCCUGGAAUCCUUGCUGAAUACGUGCCAACAGUGGUACCAGGAUCGCGCUAGAUUACUGUACGACGGCACGACCUGCCAUCGGUAUUCAGCCUUUAUGACGUUUCUCAACGAGAUGUAUUGCCAGCUGAAGCGACGGCAGCUACAAUUGAAGACGCAGCAGGAGGGCGUUCCACCCGGACGCGUGCUCCUCACGCUUCUUUGGAAAUGCUGCCAGGAUUGCUUGCAACCGCCGGUCAUCAACUCGCUAGCUGAGACGAAUUGCUUGUUCUUCAUCCUCACGUGCAUCGGCAAGGACUUGGACGUGGAGUUGCCCGCGCAGUUGCAGCAGUUACUCGGCAGCGUGCGCGACGCCUUCCUGGCGGAGGAGACGACGUUGCCCCCGGUCAAGAGGACGCUUCUGCAACUGAUCGAGCUCCACGCCGCUCAUUGGCAGCUGCCGGCUCCGGCGGUGGUUUACUACUACCCCUCGAACUCGAACUCCAAGUGACCGCCACUCGAUAUCCGCGGUCUCUCCGUCCAUCUUCCCAGAGCUCGUGCCAGUGGAUUUGCGCGAAAGUACGGGUGUACUUUUUAAGUCUUUUACGCAACGAAAUGUUUAUUAACGAGCGCGUCCAGCAUGGGCGCGCCAUUGCCUUUCGACGCGACAAUAAACGCAUGAACGAAAGUACGACAUCGAUGAGUUACACGGUUUUUUAUUUUUAUUUUUUUUUAUUUUUAUUUUUAUUUUUUUCACAACGAUCAAGAACGAUUUGCGAUGAUCUCGUUCCUUCCACAAAACGGAAGUUUUUGUUCGAUGAUUCUGUAUGCAAACGAUGAUGUACGAAUAAACAAGUUCUUUUGCA